AUGCCAGGUGUCCGACCUGGAGAGAGACUAUCACUGCUUUUACAUGCUUUGUUCAGCACCACCAGAGGAUGCAAGAAGUACAAGUUGGGGAAUCCAAAGCAAUUCCACUAUCUUAAUCAAUCAAACUGUUAUGAAGUUUCAAAUGUAGAUGAUGCAAAAGAAUACUUGAAGACCAGAAAUGCAAUGGAUAUUGUAGGAAUCAACCAGGAAGAACAGGAUGCUAUCUUUCGUGUGGUCGCCGCAAUCCUCCACCUUGGUAACAUUGACUUUGUCAAAGGGACUGAAGUUGAUUCUUCCAAACUGAAAGAUGAAAAACCACUCUUCCAUCGGACAGCUACAGAGUUGUUCAUGUAA